GUUUAAGCGGCAAAAGCUUCUGCUAGAGCUCACCCACUACGCCCUCACCUCACCUCUCGUGCCGUCAACGCCUUGGAAGUGUUUGUAUAUAUGCGGCGCACACUGGAAGUCUGGAACCAAAGGAAUCCCCAUAGGAGUAGUCUGUAGCGCAAACCCCUCACCGUGCAGGGGCAUCAGUUUCCGGAGUCCCAGUUCCCGAAAGCCAUGAGCCCCGUCACCGCCAAGACGGCCGCGGGGAUGCCGCGCAUCGGGCUGGGCACGGCGGUGCAGGGGCCCAAGCCGGAGCCCGUCCGGCGCGCCGUGCUCCGCGCCAUCGAGCUCGGGUAUCGCCACUUCGACACCGCCGCGCACUACGAGACCGAGGCGCCCAUCGGCGACGCCGCUGCCGACGCCGUGCUGUCGGGCGCCGUCGCAUCCAGGGCCGACCUCUUCAUCACCUCCAAGCUCUGGUGCAGCGACGCGCACCGCGACAGGGUCCUCCCCGCCCUCAAGCAGACUCUCCGAAACUUGAAAAUGGAGUACGUGGACCUGUACCUUGUCCACUGGCCGGUGUCCAUGAGGCCAGGGCGGUUCAAGGCCCCCUUCACGGCGGAGGACUUCGUGCCAUUCGACAUGCAGGCCGUGUGGGAGGCCAUGGAGGAGUGCCACCGCCUGGGCCUCGCCAAGGCCAUCGGCGUCUGCAAUUUCUCCUGCAAGAAGCUCGACACCCUACUCUCCUUCGCCACCAUCCCUCCCGUUGUCAAUCAGGUUGAAGUGAACCCUGUGUGGCAGCAGAGGAAGCUAAGGGAGUUCUGCAGGGGGAAGGGCAUCCAGCUCUGCGCAUACUCGCCACUGGGCGCCAAGGGCACGCACUGGGGGAGCGACUCCGUGAUGGGCGCCGACGCGCUGCACGAGAUCGCCGCGUCCAGGGGCAAGACGGUGGCGCAGGUGUGCCUGAGGUGGGUGUACGAGCAAGGGGACUGCAUGAUCGUCAAGAGCUUCGACGAGGCCCGGAUGCGGGAGAACCUCGACGUCGAAGGCUGGGAGCUCACGGAGGAAGAGCACCGGCGGAUCGCCGACAUCCCGCAGCGGAAGAUCAACCAGGGGCUGCGCUACGUGUCCGAGCACGGGCCCUACAAGUCGCUUGAGGAGCUCUGGGACGGCGAGAUAUGACCGUGCUCUCUCUCUACCGUGUUCUGUGAGACGUACUCUUGGCAGGGAUGGCUGAUCCUGGCUAGAAGCCCGGAACGGUUUUACACCGAUCUCCCUUGGAAUAAACUGUUGUCUGCGUUGUGUUUCAAAUGAAUAAAAAGGUUGCUGACCAUUUCAUGGCAUCAAUUGUACCAAAA